UGGUUGAGUUGAGUCAUUAACAACAAGAACAAACAUCUUGAAGCAUUACGAUUACACUAGACUUUUGCGAAUUUGAACAGUGAACAUCAACAUAUUGAAUUGAGUAGUGUAGCGAGUGACACCUCAUCCAAACUUCAAUUCAAACUAAUUAGAUUGCCAGUUUAUAGCCAGUGUUUCUAUGUAUGAUUGAAUAAUCAUACAACUAAUUCUUUGUUUUUUAUACGCUUUUGGACACUUUUAAGACUAUUGCAUUAAAAUGUCUAUGAAAGUGUGUGACAUUGAAGAUGAUGUGAAAGAUGCUCUGAGACAGUUCAGAUUCCGCAAACAUAACAACAAUGCAGCUUUAAUUUUGAAAGUCGAUCGAGAGAAACAGAAGAUUUGCAUUGACUCUAUGGUGGAGGACACUUGUUUGGACGACCUGAGAGACAUUCUACCUGGUCACCAGCCACGAUACGUUGUCUACAGCAACAAAAUGGAACACAGUGAUGGCCGAAUCUCCUACCCUCUCUCUUUCAUAUACAUCACUCCCCAAGAUAGUCAGCGAGACUUGCAAGUGAUGUAUGCCGGAACUAAGCUCGCGCUGCAGAAAGAAGCAGACUUGACCAGAGUUUACGAGGUUCGUGAGUUGGACGAACUAACGGAUGAGUGGCUCAAAGAGAAACUCAGCAAGUAAGAUGGCCACUCUGAUAAGCAGCUCGCCAAUGAAAUAAAACGUAUGGGUACAAAAACAACAUAAUGGUGUUUUGAAUUCCAUAUAGCAACAUAACCUUAAAUAUUUUUAAAAUUUAGUUACAAGUAGCAAUGUACAGGUAGUUCGAGCUAAGCUUGCACUUGACCGAUCGAUAGAAAUUCUCUACUAGCAUAUGUCAAAAACAUUGUCUGCAGUCAUGCGGGUAGCAUCAACUGUCCCGCGUGAAGGCGCUGGAAUGGAUGAAAAGCUCGGAAUGCUAUUAAUGAUGUCUACAUUAGUUAAAAGUUAGUAUGUUGAACACUUUCACUUUUAUAAAAUUUCUGCAAUGCAAAUUAUUAAUCAAUUUAAGCUUACCCAUUUUUAAUUACAAACAAUAUUCUUUACACUAUAAAAACACACAUUCAAAAACCACUGUGAUGCUAGCAAAGCUGACGACUUACUAAUAAAAAGAGUGUUUAGGAAUUCACCUUGGUUUUCCAUCUCCUAUUAGUGUAGUAUAAUGUUAGUCAUCGUUUUGAGGCACCAACCCUGUGAGUCAGCAGCAGGGCCGGUUCUAGGAAUUUUUCAGAGUUAAGCGAACACCCGAAUCAGCGCCAAUUAGGAUUCCCCCCACCACCCCCCCCCCCCCCCCCGACCAUUAACACAACUUAACCGUAUUUGUAAAUAUUCCCCAAUACUAUAGGGAACAAUUUUUUUAGAAGUUUAAGUUAGAAGAAUACUUGCAAUAUAAGAUUGUUUAUUAUUCGCAGAAAUUUAACAUUUUUACACUUUUACUCAUCAUAUAAACUUUAGCAAAACCAAGGCCACCCUAAAAAAACAGGCCGUCAUGUUCGUCAAGCAUGACGUCACUAUAGAAGACGGCAAUGACGUAAUUUUUGCCGUUUGUGAUCAGCUGCUUGUUUUAAUCUUUCCUUGGGAAAUACAUAAAUAAAUACCUACGUCAUUGCCGUCUUCUAUCGUGACUUCUUUGGGCUUACUGGACUCGCCACCAGAUGAUUUCAACAAAAAUCUACCUACACAUUGAUUUGGCUUGUUUUUUAUCUUCCUGUUCCAAAUUCGCCUUACGAUUUCUAUAAUAAGUGCCAGACGUUUUCUUUGUUUCUGCCAUUGUUUUCUUAGUAUCGGCUCGCAAAAUGUUUUACUCAUUUAUUCAGUUUAUACUUUCUUCUUAUUUAAUGCGCUAAUUAUAGAUUAAACUUAAAACACUCGUAAUCAUUCACUUAUCAACAAUCAUGAAUCAUCAAAACAACGCCAAUACGAUACCGAUACGUAUAAAACUAAAAGAGUGCAGUACAACUACAACGUAAUGCUCUGCUCUAGGAUAAGAGAAAGAAGGGAGGGGAAAGUUUCUUGUUGUGACCAGUGGCGCUGCGCGCUUGCUUAUCUCUAGUUAGUAUGAGUGAGUCGUGAAAUGAAACCCACCGGCGCCGCGCCGUACGCUGCCAAGCGUCAGCUCACUAUAAAUCGAAACUGCAAAUGGCAUCGAGUCCUUGAGUUGUAGUGCUGUACAAAUAUACACAUUUUUCAAGUGCUGUUGGUACAAACAGAAUAAAUGCCUUUAUUGUGGUAUACUUGGACUCUGAGCGAAAAUAAACAAAAUGACGUUGUUCACGUAAAAAAAAUUGUUCCAUUGGCGCCACUUUUUCGUGGCGCCGUAUGCGGCCGCGUAGUUCGCGUAUGGGUUAAACCGGCCCUGGUCAGCAGAGGAAUGUUUGCAGAAAGAUCAUUGCCUAGCUUCCACCCACCCCGCCUACACUGUCACACCGAGGCGCGCCAGACCCAAGUAGCUUAGCUGUAACUACCUGUACAAGGAUUAAUAAGGAAAUCUUCUAUCAUCCAUUUGUAUAUUUUACCCACAAAUAAGUUAUGAAAAACUUCUAUCCUUCUACGUAACUAAACACAAUCCUAAACGUAAUCCUUUUACAAUCCUAAACUAAUUUUGUAUAAUGUAUUUAUUUUUUUAUAAAGGAACAAGAAAGAGCUAAAACAUGACAAUAGAUUUUUUUAAUCUAUGUAUUUCUCUCACAAGAUUCACGUUUUUAAUUAAAAUGUUUAUUUUUAUUUUUCUCUGCAGUUGAAGACUGUUAAAGAGUUAUUAGCUCAAAAAUCUAGUUAAAUUGCAAUUUAAAAUUUUGGACUGAUAAUGAAAUUGUCAAUUACCCUACAUUCACUACUAAUCAAUAUUCUGAAUAUGGCGAGCUCGCAAACAUUUUGGGACCAUCCUUCCCAUGAUAUUAUCUUACCUCUGUAAAAGACAAAGACCUUGGUUUUUGUACACAUUUUAUAUUUGUGUAGAUUAGGUGUGAUUAUAAUCAAUAACUUUAUAUAAUAUUUGCUACUUUUUAUAAUACAUAUACUGAUUAUUGUUGUACAGUUUAUGUGAUCUCUUAUAUUCUAAUUUCUAAUAUGUUUAUGUUACCAGAAGAAGCCUAAUUGUUUAUAACUAAUGUAAAUGAACUAUUCAAUUUAUGAUGUUAUAACUUUCAUUUAAAAAUAUGAUCUAGUUUUGUGGCAGUUUAUUUGCCUUAAAUAAUAAUGAAAUUUUAUUUGUUGAAAGAUUUAUCAAUGGUGGGAUUAUUUUGGAAAAGUUAUGAAUUGGAAUUCAGGUUUAAAUUAAAGAUUUUAAAUUAUAAAAAAAAAAAUAAUUUUUAAAUGUUACUUAUUUCAUGUUUGACCUAAAACUGCAUUCUUCAGAUUUGGAGCUUGCAGUGUACUUGUGAAUAAAAUACAUUUUUUCUCACUAACCACACCAAAGUAACGCAACUAUUCUUUUUUAUAAUUUAUUAUUGAAAUUAAUCAUCCAUUGUGAAAUCUACAUUUUUUUCCUGAACCAUUCUAAAUAUAUAAUUAAAGUGUACAAACGUUUAACCCCCCAGUACAGGCGCGGCUAAUAGUAACACCAGUACACGCGCUCGGACUGGAAUCCCACGUCUUACUUCUUACUAGAAACACUCUUUUAUGUACCUAAUAAAGUUCAUAUAGCAUCAAAAUUUCAAAUAAUUUAAAUAUAUGUUAAUAGAUAUAGAUAAAUUUCAAAAUAAUUACAAAUUUAAAUUGUCCUGUUGAAUCAGUCAAUCGCUGGCCCUGUUCUUCAUCCUCUUGAAACAUGACGAGCCUAGCUUUACACCCUCUAAGAGCCAACUAACGCUAAGAUUGUCAAAACAUUGCCAUUGUACUUGGAAAGGUAGUGGGAGAAGGUAGAUGGCACGCUUGCAGAUUCACUUAUUUCAGGGUGCUUUUUCAAAUGUACAGACUCUUGAGUCUGCGGCGUGUGUACUGGAGGGUUAAUUGAAACAAUUAUUAUGGUAUAUAAGUAGAGACAUUAUUUACCUCAAGCCAAUUUGUACUAUCUAUUCAAUAAUUAAAAUAAUCUACAGUACAAAAACUGGUCGUAAAUAUUUUAAUGAAUGAUAGAUUUAAGACAAUUAUAAUAGUAUCAAGGUGUCGAAUAAAUAACAAUUAAACUACAAUACAUAAAAUCAAUAUCCAUGAUAUGUUUCUAUAACAUUGUGCACAUUUUUUACUGCUUGCUGCAAGUUUUAUCGUUAUCAAAAGCUUUUUAUUUUAUUUUUUAGCUUGUAAUUGUUUGCCUACUGAAAUACAGUGUGAUGAAAAUGGUUGUUUACUAUUAUAAUGUGAAAAAUCUAAGUUAUUAGGCAUUAUUAUUAACUUGAACUAAAGCUGAAUUUGGAAUUUAUCACACUAGUCUAGGUUUGUUGAAUGUUUAACCUAACUGUUUUAUUUUGGGAAGAAUCUUUUAUAUAUCUGAAUCACACCAUGGCUUCAAUUAUUCAAGUAUUUAACAGUUGUCAGGGUAUAAUUAUGUACAAAUUAAAAUAAGCAACUAGGGCAUUUUUAGUUUUAUAAGUUAUCAUGAACUAACCUGUAACUAGUCACAUUCCAUAUUUUUCUCUUGAUUUAAGUUUGGAUUUUGAUAAAUUACCAGUGUUGUUUUCACUAUUAUAAUUGAAUUGUUUUCAAAGUAUUAUUAUGCUCAAUGGUCUUAAUUCGCCGAUUUACAAUUUAUUUAGACAAUACUUAUCAACAGUACAUUGCCAUGACAUUUUCGUUACCUAGUAUUAUUCUCUUGUAUAUAUAAUGCAAGGUAAACUAUUUUAAAAUACAAACUUACUUGACAG